UAAAAUUAUCAGAUGCUGGAAAAGGGGAAAUUAAAAAGAAGAUGAAGAUGAGGGGAAGAAGAAAAAGAGGAAGAUGAAGAGAAAGAACAACAACAACAUACCUAAAACACAAAAAGUUUUGAUCCAUGGUCUAAAAAGAAUACAGUCUGAGUUAAAAUAUAUUAAUGUGAUAGGUUAAUAACAACAUACACAAGAUAUUAAGUUAACAAGUCUAUUUGAAACAAUUUGCAGAUCUCCCCACACUAUCUGUCACUGUGCUGCCCAUCUUAUAAUAUUCCAGUUGUAGAAAGUUAAUUUCAUUAAAUGUCUAUGUAGUGGCAUUUUACAUCCAUACAGUGUACUGGCUAGUUUUCUGUCAUUUUAAUGCAAGCUGGACUCAUCUCAGGGAAGGCAACCGAAAUUAAGAAAACACAAUACCCGAAUAAGAUUGGCCUGUAGGGAUACCUCUGCAGCAUCUUCUUGAUUAAUAAUUGAUAUAGGAGUGCCCAACCCAUGGUAGAUGGUGCUACCCAGGGCAAGUGGUAUGGACAAAUAUAAUAAAAAGCUUAGCAGGUGAGCCAUGAGCAGCAAGCCAGUAAGCAGCACUCUUCCAUUGUCUCUGCUCUCAUACCUAUCUCCAGGUUCUUGCUUGACUCCCUGGCCUGACUUGCUUUAAGAUAAACUGAAGCCAGAGAAUUGUAAGAUGAAAUAAAUCCUUUCCUCCCCAAGUUUCUUUUGGUCAGAAUGUUUUAUCACAGCACUGGAAUCCCUAACAAAGACAUACAGGGAACAUUAGCAGCCAGAAUGUUUAUUCUCUGUCUGUCUGUGGGCAGCCUGCUUUUCAGAAAAUAUAGGGCCCUAAUUUAAUAGUGACAGAUUAAUUAAUAUUUGGUGCAUUAUCCAGGACAGUAACGCUUCCUUCAGAGAUUGCUUACUAUAUUUAACCUUAAAUUGAACCGCUUUUGUUAUGAAGGGAAUAAACCAUCUUAAUGUGUGAUAGUUGACUUGAAAAUACAGUAAUAUAAUUUUCUAUUGGGCAGAAGGUCUGUGUGUUUGGAGAGAGGAAAGAAUUCCCUUCUGGAUGCCAUGAAGCCAUGGAUAAAAGGCCUUGCAAUGUGUAAUUAAGAUUAAAUUAAUCAUCUUUCUUUCAUUAAGCAUAUUAUUUUACAGAGUCAUUACAUAUAUUUAAAUCAUAUUGCAUUGGAUUAAGAGGAUUAGAGCCUAACCUAGCUUCUUUGUCUGCCGAGGACGGCCGCUAAGAGUUUACUGAGUGGGGAAUCAAGCAUCGAGCGCUCAGAAGCUUCCCGGGAAAGAGGGAAAACAAAAUGCAUUGCCUUGUUUUCCUUACAUUGCUGAUGAGGUGGACAGACACACAACUGUGUGUGAUGCCAACCUACUUAAUCUAAGGAAACAAAGGAUGGCACUGAAGGCAAUGUCUGCUCUUGUCUCCUUAGUUCAUUUUCAUGAUAGGAUAUUCAUUUUUUGAAAGACACAUGGACAGGAAAUCUCAGUAGCUGUAUUGGUGGCAUCCACCUGCAUUCCUUUCUUCUGGAAGACAUGGUCCUGGCUGCUUGGUUGGUCUCCUUCACCUAUGCCUGGAUUACAUGAAUGCCAGAUGCUUCUGCUACUUCUGCCUUCAAGAGGCACCACCAGCAAUGCCUAGCUUCAAUGAAACAAACACGCGUAAGGGAAACCAGAAUGAGGAAAGACGACAAUACUAAAGUCUGGCCCUUGAAACGUGAGCAGUUGUUGCACAUUGAGGACCAUGAUUUCUCCACAAGACCUGGAUUUGGAGGUUCCCCGGUGCCAGUAGGUAUAGACGUCCAGGUGGAAAGCAUUGACAGCAUUUCAGAGGUCAACAUGGACUUUACGAUGACAUUUUAUCUCCGGCACUAUUGGAAGGAUGAGAGACUCGCCUUUCCUAGCACUACAAACAAAAGCAUGACAUUCGAUCACAGAUUGAUUCAAAAGAUUUGGGUGCCUGACAUCUUCUUUGUCCAUUCUAAAAGAUCCUUCAUCCAUGACACAACCGUGGAGAACAUCAUGCUGCGAGUCCAUCCGGAUGGGAAUGUUCUCUUCAGUCUCAGGAUAACGGUUUCGGCCAUGUGCUUGAUGGACUUCAGCCGGUUUCCUCUGGAUACUCAGAACUGUUCCCUUGAGCUAGAAAGCUAUGCUUACAAUGAAGAGGACCUGAUGCUGUACUGGAAACAUGGCAACAAGUCCUUAAACACUGAGGAGCACAUUUCCCUAUCUCAGUUCUUCAUUGAGGAGUUCAGCGCCUCCAGCGGACUGGCUUUCUACAGCAGCACAGGGUGGUACUACAGGCUUUUCAUCAACUUUGUGCUACGGAGGCAUAUUUUCUUCUUUGUACUGCAGACCUAUUUCCCAGCCAUGUUGAUGGUGAUGCUUUCAUGGGUUUCCUUCUGGAUUGACCGGAGAGCUGUUCCUGCAAGAGUGUCCCUGGGGAUCACCACAGUGCUUACCAUGUCCACAAUCGUCACUGGAGUGAGUGCCUCCAUGCCUCAGGUGUCCUACAUCAAGGCUGUGGACGUGUACAUGUGGGUCAGCUCCCUCUUUGUGUUUCUGUCCGUCAUUGAGUAUGCAGCAGUGAAUUACCUCACCACAGUGGAAGAAUGGAAGCAACUCAACAGGAGAGGAAAGGUUUCUGGAGUGUACAAUAUCGAUGCAGUUCAAGCCAUGGCCUUCGAUGGCUGCUACCAUGACAGCAGCGAGACUGAUGUAGAUCAGACUUCAUUCUCUCUACAGUCAGAAGACGACUCCAUGAGAGCCAAAUACACAGGAAGCCCCUGUACAGAUUUGUCUCGGAUAAAGAGAAAAUCUACGGGAGGAAACGUUGGUAGAAUCAUCCUAGAAAACAACCAUGCCAUUGAUACCUAUUCUAGAAUUGUAUUUCCCAUCGUUUAUAUAAUAUUUAAUUUUUUUUACUGGGGUCUAUAUGUAUGAAGAGGACUUUUUUGUUUGAUUUUUUUUCCUCUUUUCAGUACUUAGGACUUUGCACAUGCUAAAUAAGUGCUCUACUAUCCCCAGCACGAAGAGGAAUUUUUAAUGUAAACUUCUGUUGGAGUCAGAUGGUGUUAUUUACCUCCUGGAUAUGAGUUGGAUGGUUAAACUAGAAUAGAGCCAGUCAUGUCUGUUGGCCUAAAGAACAUGUAAAAAGUGGCCAAUUUACAGUUGGUGCAAUGUUCAAAAUCUUGGGGAAAUUUGGCUAUAAUCUGUAAAUAAAGCAUCAUGGGCAUGUGUACUAUGAAGGAAAUUUUGUCACCAGGAAUGAAUCAUUUGUAACUAUUUUAUUCUGACUACCUUUCACGAAAAUGAUCUUUCUUUGUAAUUAGGGAAUAAAGCUGGACUAUGGCAUUUAUUCAAGGAUAACUGGUUUCUUAGUGUCUGCCAAGAGACAAAUGACAUUGUCUUAAGGGAGAACUUCCAUCUUCGUGUGGUUCCAUCCACAUGUAACUGAGAGCCCUGUGAGCGGGCCCCCUUCUUUUAUCUCCAGGCACAUUUUCAACGUAUUAUAUUUCAUAAAUUAUUGAGUCCAAGAUGGAAAAAAUAUUUAAGUUUCACUAAGUCUUUAUUUGUAAAAUUAUAUUCUCCUUCAGUCAUCAGUAACAGUAUUUAGUGUUUUGUAAAUGAGGUAUAGGUUUCAUAACUUCAUUUAUGUCUUUAUUAGUUACUUUUCUAUAGCUGUGAUGUAACACAGAGACCAAAGCAACUUUUGGAAGAGUUUAGUUGGUCUUCUAGUUCCAGAGGGAUGGCAGAGAAGUGUGACAGCUAGCAGCAGGCAUGAUGGCAGGAGGAGCCAGAUGAGAACUUACAUCCUCAAACCAUGAGUACGAUGGACUGGGAAUGGCUUAGAUCUUUAAACUCUCAAAUCCUGUCCCCAGUGAUGUAAUUCCUACAACAAUGCCACACUUGCCCCAAACAGUGCCACCCACAUGGGACCAAAUGUUCAAAUACCUAUGGAAGACAUUCUCAGUCAGCCCACCACAGUGUUUGUUUAAGUUUUAGUCAUAAAAUGUUUCCUGGCCACCUACACAUGUACUUUAUUAACUGUUACGUACUAGAGAGAGAGAGAGAGAGAGAGAGAGAGAGAGAGAGAGAGAGAGAGAUGGUCUCUUUUUCCUCCCCUGAAUGUACUGCCAUGAAAGAAAAGGCAAAUUAUUUGUAAAACCCAGUUAGUGGUUGUGAGCAUGGCGUAAUGUACACUGUCCUGAAAGGAAGAUGUCAACUGAGGAGAAAGAGCAUCCAUGAAGAGACUCUUCACCUACAAACAACUGACCAUUGUUUGGCCAUCACAUCAUGCGAAGAAAUUGAGUGAAAUGAAUGUAUCCCAGAGUACUUUUCAUUGGGACAAGCAAAUCAGGUCAAGUGGGCAUUAUAUAAACAUUGUUCCAUAGAAAACCUUCCCAUGAUCUGCAUUCAUUUUUUAGAUUGGCAGUGUACAUGAUUCAGUGUCGGGUAUUUUAGUUAAAAGGCACAAUUUAGAGCAAAU